UUAUCAUGGCGGAGGACGAAGAUGGUGUUUCGGACAAAAAAUCGCCUCAAAAUUCAAAUAAUUCGGAAACCAAUGACGGUAACCAGCCCAGUACAUCAAAGCCUGAUCUAGGUAUCGAAGAGGCUAAAUAUGAUACCAAGGAAAAUGGUCAUAAAUCGCCAACAGAGCCGAGUUGUUCAUCAUCAAAAACGGGAGCGAUGCGCAAGGAGGAUAACCCUUUUUCGUUUCGACACUUCCUGAAGCGGGAUCUCUCGUUACCGGGCAAUUCAACAUACGAGAACACCGGCGCAAGACCGAAGGUUUACGCGAACACAGUGCAGCAUUCGCCAACUAGACUAGACAAAAUAGACAUUCAUAGUGAUUCAAGACGUGACAAGAAUCGCUCCAACGAAAAUAAAGCCAAAGAAAAGAAAAACGACCUUGUGAUACAUCGUAGUAGUGAGGACGCGUCUUCUAGUAGUUCCGUAGAGAUUCCUUUUAGUGUAGUUGAAGAAUCCGAAUCUAAGCAUAAUUAUUACGCGGAUAGUUCAGACGGGCCGUUCUUCCACCGGCCGAACUUGGCAUCCGAGCCUUUGGGCAUGCCAUCCCUGCCUGACUUUGUUCAAGAUCAUAUUUUAGUGGAGCAAGCGUAUUUAAACUCGAACGGACCUAUAUCAGUGGAUCUUGACAAUUUACCAGAUUUUACGUAUACCAAUUCGAAUUACAAUGCUGGUUCUUCUUCAUCGCUUGGUAGGCGAAACAAGAAUAGCUAUGGUGGCAAUAGGAAUUAUGACUAUGAUGCUUAUCUGGGUGCUGCGUCCACGUCUGCCGAGUCGGGUCCGUCGAACCGCAGCAUCCCGCUGGACCUCCCCGUGGGAGCGGAAGCAGCUCCUCCACCUUUGGACUUAGUGCACCUUAACUUGGAUCUCACAGAGUCUGUGAAUCCUGCUGACAGGAGGAAUGUCUCACCAAGGAAUAAUUUCCCACUGGACCUUCCACCUAAUGCUGGUGCAGAAUCGAUGCGACUACCAGACUUCCUGCCAGUGCACCCAGGUAGGACGUCGCCGGAGCCACAAGCACAGAAUGAACAGAUACAGCAACUUGUUGAGUUGGAACGGACUAGGUCGGAACUAUUUAUGGAACGCAAUAGGCGGCUUCGCGCCGAAGAAGAACUGAAUUCAGGAAGGGAAGCCCUGCGUUUAUUACGAGCUGAACUCAGCACUGUACGGGCCGCUGAGACGGCGCUGAGAAACCAACUCAGUGACGUCAGACUCGCCGAAACAGCGCUGAGAACUCAGCUCAGUGAUGUUAGACUGGCUGAGACGGCGCUGCGAACGCAACUGAGUGACGUCAGACUGAAUGAUGAUGGUGUACACCGAGAACAUAACCUCUUGGAUGUAGCGGCUCGGCCCAAUGAGACAGACUCUACAGUUGCAGAGUUGAAGAAUGAAAUAAAACGACUUCAGGAGGAAUUAUCAUCGUCUCAAGAGGAGGUCCGGACACUCCGAGCUGCGUCUACUAUCACAGAAACCUCACUACGGGAGCUCUUAUCAAAUUUGGAGCGACUGCGGACACAGAACCGAGACCCCACUUGAUAUUAAUUUAUCCAACUAUGUAUAAGCGGAUCCAACGCUCACUCCUAACUAAAGUGACGCAUUUUAUUACAAAUUACUUUAUUUUAAAAUCGUGAGCAGCUUGUUUUUUUCAAGUCACUUUAGUUACAAGAGUCAUAUUGUAUAUUACUCAUAAUUUGCGAUAUAUUUUCUCAUAUAUGUGCGUUACAUGCGUUAGGCAUAUUCGCUAUCGCAAUCAACUCAUUCAGAUUUGUAUAAAUAUACAAAUUUUUUUCUUUGUUUAUCGUCUUGAUAAUGAUUAAAGGUAAAAUCACUGCUAGAUUUUUUUUUGUUUGUAAAUAGUUUGGUGAAAUUGUGCGACGUGGUGAAAUACUCAAAAAGCAGCUUACUUUAGUUUUUAAUUACGGAAUCAUCAUAUUAAUAUUAAUAAAAAUAUAAUAAAUUCUUGUAUGCCAAAGGCAAAAAUGUGUAAUUGGAUACUUUAUUCCAAUAUAUGAUUAUUUAAAAGUUGAUUAUAAUUAUUGAGCUUCCUUCCUAGCUUGAAAUUUUGUUGAAAAUUAUCAUGAUCAUUAAAUUGUACAUAAUAUGUAAUGGUACAAUUGUAAAUUAUCAUAAUUUAGGAUUUAAAUAUCUCAUUUUCUUUAAAUGUCGCUUAUUAUAUUCAGUUUAACCCAUAAAAUGAUGAUGAUUUG